CCAUUUGUCAAUUGGCAACGCGAGAACCUAGGGUUACGAAGUGUGGUCACCAGUUCUGUUUUGAAUGCUUGAGGCCCCUCAUUAGGGAUGGCAAAAUGACAUGCCCUCUGUGUAGAGAGGAACUGAAGGAAGCGGAGAUCUACCCAAACAACAAGGACAAACGCGACAUUCUGAGUCUGAAGAUUCGUUGUGAUAAGCACGAGGAAGGGUGCCACUGGAUUGGUGAACUACGAGAGCGCAAUGAACACAACCAGGAAUGUGGCCAUGUAGCUGAACUGUGUGGCAAUAAUUGUGGAGAACUGGUGAUGAGGAAGGACAGAAAGAACCACGAAAAGGAUGAAUGUAGCCGACGGAUCGUAGGCUGUUGUUAUUGUGAUGAAGUUCUGGAACAUAGAUUGUUGUCUCCUCAUUACACAACAUGUGCCGAGUAUCCUGCUAGUUGUCCUCAUCAGUGUGGAAGGCAGGCUGCUCAGAAAAACAUGGAAACGCACACUAGCAGAGAGGGUCAGUGCCCUAACAGUCCUUUUCAGUGUGAAUUUACAUCAGUGGGUUGUCAAUUUGUUGGGAAUAGAAAGGAGUUGCAGUAUCAUUUGGACAAGGGCACUGUUCAUCACCUCAGUUUGGCUGUGAGAUUACUGCACAGUGUAACAGAGAGAUUGGCAGUUACUGAAACAAGACAAAAAGAAACAGAUAGUAAGCUAGCAGAGACAGAGAAACAGCAAGAAGUGACAAAGAAGCUUUUUGAACAGAAACAGAAACAAACAGAUAGGAAGUUGGAAGAGGCUAAGGAAAAGCAAAAAGAAACAGAAGGUAAAUUAGCAGAGACUGAGAUAAAGCAAAGAGAAACAGAAGCUAAGUUGGCAGAGGUUGAGAAAAAACAAAAAUACACAGAAGCUAAUUUAGCAGAGGCUGAGAAAAAGACAGAAGGUAAAUUAGUAGCUGCUGAGCGAAAGCAGAAAACAGGAUUUGAAACAGUAAAACAAGCACUGGAGUCUGAACUGAAAUCAUUAAAAGCAGUCACAUUUUUUAUUAUUCCAGGCUAGAGAAAUUCUGUGGAAUCAGUAGACUUUGUGAGGACUGCGCUAGGUGACCGGAGGCAAGUUAUACUUCAGUCGAACAAGCAUUUUGUCCUUUUCUGGAAGAUAAAAUUUUCUGUUAAAACAGAUGAAGCAAUAUUUUUAUCUGACAAAUUUUAUGUUGAAAAUUCAGGAUUGCAUUUGCAGCUUGCUCUGAGGCUUGAACAUAAACAUGGGCAUAAUUCGGCAUAUGUCACUGUUUUUCAUGUCAGAGGAAGGUAUGAUAAACAAGUACAUCAGUGUGUGCAUGAAAUGUCAAUAUGUUUCCUAAACCAGCAGCCACUUAAACGACAGGACAACUUAAUGGUCACUGACUUGAUUGAUUUUGGUUCCAAAAUUUCUCCUUCAGUUGUUUCCUCCAUGUACUCGACUAAAUCAAAGCAUUUAGCAAAGCAAUCUGUUUGGGAAGACUGUCUGUUCAAGCUUGACUGGAAAUUUCCUGAAAUGAAAGACUCUCAACAUGAUGAUUUGUUGGUUACGUUUCAUCUGAAAUAGUUGACUAGAAGAUGAAAGAAGUGCAUUUAGGUGUUACAAUACUUGUUUAGUUUGUAGUCAACUCAUUACGUUUAUUGUUUGUCUAUCUUGUUGCUGUUGAGCAAUAUUGUUACUUUGAAUACCCUCUACUUGUUGUCCUCCCACAUGUAGUAUUACGUGAAAACAUAUUUUUCUUGAUGCUGCCAAUGAAUGCUAUUCAGGAGAGUAGAAAUCGAAAAUUGCAUACUGAUAUAUCUA